AUCUGUUAUGAGGAGAGUAAUGGGGUGUUGUGUAGUACCAGAAAUUCUCUGCUAGUAACAAUAGUACCGUGCAUCCGUACUUAGCGGUUGUGCACCCAUCCACCAUAGACAGUAAAAGGACCCCCUCUCCUAUACUACGGCUACUUUGCGCCCAGUCGGACGGUUUUGUUGUUGUGUAGAGUUCUUCACUAAAGUAGCGUGGCUUUCUUUCCUAUUGACGCUGAUUUCUUACUGCUAUUUCGAGGAGUAACGUUAGUGAUAAUUGAAUUGUGUAGUAUAUUACAAUACAUUUUUCCAGAAUGAACAGUCGACUUCAAGAAAUUCGAGAGAGACAGAAGCUAAGGCGGCAGCUUUUGGCACAACAGCUUGGGGCCGAGAGUGCAGAUAGCAUUGGUGCUGUGCUCAACAGCAAAGAUGAACAGAAGGAAAUUGAGGAGACGAGAGAGAUUUGCAGGGUAUCUCUGGACACAUCGGUGUCAGCCACAAAACGGAAGUGCCAGGAGGGAGAGGAUCCUGAAGAUGAUGUAGUGGAUCACCGGGAUGAGAUGGAACCUCAGCAGCCAGAUGUGAACGGGCCGUAUGAUGAAGUUUACAAAGACUCAAGCACCUUCCUUAAGGGAACACAAAGCCUGAAUCCUCAUAAUGAUUAUUGCCAACACUUUGUGGACACAGGGCAUCGUCCACAGAACUUCAUCCGAGACGUAGGUCUGGCCGACCGAUUUGAGGAGUACCCCAAACUCCGAGAGCUGAUUCGACUGAAAGAUGAACUCAUUUCCACCACAAAUACACCACCCAUGUAUUUGCAGGCAGAUCUGGAUGCUUUCGACCUGCGAGAUCUGAAGUGCAAGUUUGAUGUGAUCCUCAUCGAGCCACCCCUAGAGGAGUACUACAGAGAGUCAGGCAUCAUCGCCAGUGAACGCUUUUGGACUUGGGAUGAUAUUAUGAAGCUGGAAAUUGAAGAGAUAUCUGCUCUCAGAUCAUUCGUAUUUCUAUGGUGUGGUUCAGGAGAAGGCCUGGACCUGGGCAGAAUGUGCCUGCGUAAAUGGGGCUUUAGACGAUGUGAAGAUAUAUGCUGGAUCAAGACCAAUAAGAACAAUCCUGGGAAAACUAAAACACUGGACCCAAAGGCUGUUUUCCAAAGAACAAAGGAACAUUGUCUGAUGGGUAUUAAAGGUACAGUACGGCGCAGUACUGAUGGUGACUUCAUCCAUGCAAAUGUGGACAUUGACCUGAUCAUUACGGACGAGCCCGAGAUUGGGAACAUUGAGAAACCAGUGGAAAUCUUCCACAUCAUUGAGCACUUUUGUCUUGGACGCAGAAGGCUGCAUCUGUUUGGGCGUGACAGCACCAUACGGCCAGGAUGGCUAACUGUUGGCCCUACACUGACAAAUAGUAACUUGAAUGCAGAAGCAUACUCCUCCCACUUCCUGAUGUCCCACCUCUCUGGCUGCACAGAAGACAUUGAGAGGCUUCGUCCCAAGUCUCCACCCCCCAAAUCCAAGACUGAGAGGGGUGGGGGGGCUCAGCGGGGCGGCAGGGGGGGCCCAGCAGCUAUAAGAGGGGACCGCGGGCGGGAGCGCAAUCGACCCAACUUCCGAGGGGACCGGGGUGGCUUCAGGGGCCGUGGAGGACCCCACAGAGGAUUUCCCCCACGCUAAAGUACAAACAAUCAAUUUCAAAAGCUUUAGGAUGUUGACACUCCCUUUGUAUAGUGUUGAUUUAAAUGGGACACAGCUGUAUGCCCAAACCGCUUUUGUUUUUUUUUGUUUUGGAAAUGAGUGCUUUGCAUUAUUUCUGGUUUCAAAUACUGAAUGCUGAACGCUCUUGCAAAUAUGUUUUUUUUUCAUUAACAGUUGAUUGAUAUUGUGUGGUAGUAUUAAGUCUCUUAAACUGAAGUACAACAGGGGCUUAUUUUUUGUUGUAAAAAUGGGCAUUAUCAUGCUAUAUUUGUAUGUUUUUGUUUCCCCCAGAACAGUCUGUGCUAUCUGCCAUGAAAUGAAAACUAUUUUGUCUUAUUAAAUUGCUCUAGUUUGGGGUCUCAAA